GCAACAAACAUGACGGCGAUGGCCGCCUGCCGUUUUGUACGGCGAAAAAUUUCAUCACCCGCCUGUAGAAGUCAAGUUUUACCACUCAUACAUCGUUGCAUUUAUUUCAAAGAACAAAAUUUACCUUUCGUUCGGCAGUUUUCUUCAGUAGAGGAAGAAAACAAAGCGGCUUCCCAAGACUUGAAGCUGAGUGACAACUGUAUAAAGCAACUGAAAAAGAUAUUCCCAGAUGACAAAGAUGGAUUUCUUCGUGUAGCAGUAGAGGGAGGUGGUUGUUCAGGAUUUAAAUACGCCUUUGACGUUGAUUCUGAUAUCAGCGAAGAUGAUAGAAUAUUUGAAAGAGAUGGUGCAAAGGUUGUCAUUGAUGAAAUUUCAUUGGAGUACCUGAAAGGUUCCACAGUGGACUACCAUGAAGAACUUAUACGCUCUGCUUUCAGAAUUUUACUCAACCCUAAUUCAGAAACAGGGUGUUCCUGUGGUGCAUCAUUUUCCUUUAAACUUUAACAAAACUAAUAAACGGUAUAUACUUAUCAAGUAAACACCACAGUGUACAUUUGAUAUUAAGCAUUUGUGAGGAGGGAUUCCUCUAUUAACUCGUAAUGUUAACAAUUAUGUAAAAUCAUUACAAGGUACAUGUAAACAUUAUUUAAAACUGAAGCGUUUCUUGAUUUGCAAUGUCUCACCAUAAUUGUACAGAUUUCAAAGAAUGAUUAAGGUCACCAAUUUUUGCCAUCCUCAUUAUUUUGUAUCUCAUAACCCCCAAAAUCUUCUGGCUGGUUAUAGCAUUAUGUAAGGGGGUCAUUUCUUGGUAAUUUUUCCUCAGUCUGCAACAUUCAAUAAUCACAAAGACAACAUUUAUUUGAGAUCAGUGUGUAAUGGAAUAAAUAUUAUGAGCUACAUUUUAUGGCAGAUAAUCUGGUAGCAACCAUAUUAAAAAAAUAACCGAUCCUAAAUGUAGUUGUUAUUGUUAAAGGUUAUUUUAAAGAUAAAAAGUGAGAAUUUAAGUCAAAUUUAACUUCGUGACUGAGAUGAGGAAAAACUUAUCAAAAAUAAAGAAAUUAAUUGUUUAAGAAACUUCUCCUCUUUUAAUGGAUUUGCUGAGACCUCAUUUCAUUCCCAGAUCUGAAAAACACUGAGUGAUUCUUGAAAUGAGGGUCAACUUCUAAAACCAAGGCUUUAACAUGCCUAACUUGUACAUCAUUUAUUGAAAUAAAGUAUAUUUCUCACGA